AUGCACUGCUCUCGUUGUCAUACAUGUUACCGAAACGAUCUAUUUGACUUCUUUGUUUUCAGUGAGUGUUCGGAAUGGCUCCGCCAAAUCGAUGCCCACAUAUUGAAAGGGGCGGCAGGGAUCCGUACGUUGUCGAGGCAAGGAGGGGAACUUGGAUACAACAAUCUUCGAAUCGCCAGUAUUCCAUUGAAGAGAUGCUUUUUGUGUACUAAUGGCGGCCAUUCCAGCUUUGGAUUCUCCCACACUGGAAACUUCCGAGAUGAUUGGUCCAAAGAAGUUUUGCAUGACGAAUAGUCCGGAUGGCAGUUGAGUAGCAGGCUCGAUGCCUCACGGAGAGAACGGAGGAAUAACAUUCAAGGAUGAUGAAGUGGUCUGGGGCGCCCCUCUUUUGUAUAGUUCCCUGAUCAAUGCUUUUAUCAUUUCCCAUUUCGUGGGAAAUCUCUGUUUAUCACGGUUGUUUCCGUGCUUUAUCGCAGUUUGAUGUGAGAUGUGAUAAAGUUC